GGCAGUGCGGGUAGCACAAUGGACGAAGUCGAAGAACAAGGCAGUUGCUGUUAUUGCUGCAUCGCAUGCUAAAGCGAUGCCGUGCAUGAACCAGUUCCCACAGGCAGUCGUUGCCAUGGUGUUGCAGCAGUGGUGAUCCAUGGGUGAGGGUGGGUAAGAAAGACCCUUCGAGCUAGACAGGUGCUAAGGAUAGCCCGCAGUCAACACUGCGCCCAGUCCCGAGCCCGCUCCACUUGGCUGCUACACGUCAGAGUACUACAACCCAAAACUCCCCCUACAACGCACCCAAGACAGUAAACCCCUCACCGCACCCUGCCCUGAUUUGUGUAGAUGGAUGGCGAGCUGCUGUCCUGAUAGGCGCACCCGCGCAAAGUGCCCGCAUCCGACGCCCAAUUGAAGCUGCCCAUAGCCGCGCUGGUGAUCGCACCCGCAGAAGCCCGUUCAGCGUCCCGGCCCACAGUCACACCAACGAGCUCCACGCCGCCUCUUCGCCAUGGAGACUUCGUCCAACUCGCACCGCCGCCGCAGCAAGAAGGACCCAGACCGCGAGCGCAGCACCCACCGCUCCAAGGACAAGGAUAGGGAUCGCGAGCGCCAUAAGAGCACCCGCUCCCGCAAAACCCGCUCGUCGGCAUCCAAGGAAGACGACGCUGAAAACCCGCCGCUGCCCAGACGCCCUUCGACGGACCGUGUGCGCAACUCGACUUCCACUUCGACCUUGUCGUCGUCGCAAACGUCCAAGUCGCACAAGAUGGCCGUCGUGCCCGAGAUGGGACGCCGCGGCUCGUUGGGCUCCGACAACACAUCGAGGAUCAGCUUGCCCUACCCGUCGCACUCCAAAACAUACGCCAAAGAGAGCAUCUAUUCCCGCGAUGGUGUAGAGAAGAGGAAGUCGACCUCGACGCCAGAGGCCACAGAUGGUGAGGCCUCGCCAGGCAGGGACGGCGAGCGGCCAGUCGCACCGCAUCCACCAAACCGAGCACCACCCCCGCCCCCACCGCGAGCACCACCGAGUCCCCCGCUUACUGCGACCACAGGCGCAGAUCUUAGGAAGACGGCCAGUGCCAACAGCAUGCGAAGGAAGGACCCCGACAUGAUCGCGAGAGAGAUGGAGGAGGGUCGCCAAAGCGUAGACAGCGGCACGCGCAUGACUUCGACGGCAGGCCCGCGGAUCGCGUCGCGCUCCAGCGUCAGAGACGAGGAUACAUUCGACGGCACAGACCUCACCUCUACCACUGGAUCGCAGCCUAGCACCAUCCGUGCCAAGUCUCCACAAUUGGCGACGAGAACAAGGACCGUGAGUCCAUCCAACGCUCGGCCCCCAGGUAGGACAUCGACCCCGGGCAGAACGUCGACACCAAGCAGGACGUCAACACCUGUCAAGAUGAAGACGAGAGCGCCCUCAGAGUAUACACUCGACUCAGACGCCACUUCAGUUGUCCAAGAUCAUAACUCUCACUACCGCAGUCAAUCACCCCCGCGUUCCGAUGUCUCGCCUUCUUCUGUGGUCGAUUCAUCACCACGUACACCUACCCAGCACUCUGUUCUUCCCUCUGUUGUAUCUUCUGUCAAGGAUGGGCCGCCCAUGAUCGAGGUUAUGACAGACCCCAUGUCGCGCACACAAUCGGUAGAUCCUAGCUAUGCUCAGUCCCCAAUGACCCCACCACCCCCGCCUCCUCCUCCCGCCAUGAUGGAAGCUCCUCGCGUCGACUACCUGCUCCAGAAUGGCGGUCUGGCCAAAGCCAUCCCGCGAAGUCUACUGGCGGCUAUUGAUGGAGUUCCAGCCUCUGCCUAUUCUCAGUACACCACACCCAGGCUAUCUGGAGCACAAGCCCACGAUGUCCGAUCUUUCUUCAAGCCUCUGCAGAAUGUACUUAACAGCUACAACACCGUCAUGGACACAAGCGGAUCUUUGGCGGUAGCCACCGGUUAUCGUUCGGUUGCGCGGCGUCUUCUCGAUCGUCUCGAGAACGUUUUUGCUCGCAACAUAUCUUCGGAGCAUUGCCAGUGCAUGAUGUGCUUCGAGCAGUCAGUUGUGGAAGAUUCUGCAGGUGUCAACUGGGGAGAAAUCUUAGAAUUAGUGUCCGGACGUUGCGAAUUGCCGACUUGGCCACCCUAUGAGCAAGGUGCCGAGCCUGGACUGGGCAUAUCGUCUGAUCUUGAAGCACCGUGCCAGCGUAUUGACGUUGAUGUACCUGAGCAAUACCGCGAGCAUUACGAGAAGCAGUCGAAGAAGACCAAAGUUGCCGUGCAGUCUUGGUUAUCAGACCAACAAGACGGUGUCCCCGAAGACGCUGACGACGAAACGUUGACUUUCAUCAUGCUCACCCGAUUGGAACAGCCACAACGACCACUCUUCUAUGCACUCUUAUGGGGAUUGGACAAGCUCCCAAAUCCUCGCACGCAAAAGCCGGACAGUGGGACGCCGCCGUACUUGGCAAAAGCCGGUUUGGCGCUACAGCGUCUAUAUCGACUCUACACUCCACCGCGCGACCAACUGGUAGUCAUGUAUCUCAUCCGCCAUCCAGACAUGCACAACAUGCUUGCUACCUUGGCAGCUGUGACCAAACACGAAUGGGAGAUUCUCGUCUCUGGACGCUUCGAUGGCUUCCUUUGGUCAGGCGUCGAUGACCUGCCUGAUAUGAACACGACACCUCCCCGGUCAGGCUCACGAGCAGGACAGGUCCGACCUGGCGAUGGACCGCAACGAUUCGCAUCACCGGUACCACCGAACCGGUACGGCAGCUUCAGCCCAAGUCCGUACUCUCGACCAGGAUCUGCCCGCCCCGGGUCUGUCCGUCCACCCGGCGGAGCCCCUGUGCAGAUCGAUGAAGAGACCGAGCUUGCCGUGCUUGCCGAAAUCGAGCGCGAGAUCUAUCUUGGUAUGGAGGCUAUGGAGGACGCAUUUGAACAGCUCCACAACCAAGCCGAGACCGUGCGCCGUCGUCUGCGAGAGCGAGCCGCAGGAUUAUCUAUGGUGGCGCAGCAGCGUAGAGGUGCUGGCAUGGGUGGCAUUGAAGUCAGGUCUGAUACGCCAGCCAACAUGCGCGACCCCGAUGAAGGAAUCGAUGAUUUGAGAAGCGAGGUUGGACCGGAUGACUCGGCCAGCAACGUCAGCAACAACCGGAGGAGAAAAGCACACCGUGCACGUGAACGGAGAACACCAGCACCCGUGGAAGAAGAGAGCGAGGAGGAUGUAGCGCUUGCUGAGAGGAUACGCAGACGUUUCUAAGCUAAUCAGCGGGUUAUUGGAACACUUGCAUUCGCGUUGGAGUCUGUUUGCGGCGUUUGAUAUUCUUUAUUACUUGGGAACCAUGGCUGAUACGAUUUAUGGCUUCCUAACGGCCGAGAUAUAUGGAUACCCAGUUUGUGAGUGCGGAGAUGGACAGGAUACGAUUUCUUCCAUUGUGGUGUGGCCGCGGAGCAGUGGAACGUAUACCAUUUACUAGGAUUAUAUUUACAAUGACGUCACAUGUAUUUAUUUUAACAUGCUCAUUGGCUCUGCAGUACGAGUGAGUUUCCGUUGUGAGGAAUACGAAUACUAGGUUUGCAACGG